AUGCACACCCUGUGUACAAGAGAGGACUUGGAUUUUGAUGUAUUUCUAUUUCCAGACAAUGCAACCAAUGACAAUGAAGGUACCCCUCAUCCUGCAACUAUCAAGUCCUAUAGGACCAGAGUACCAGGAGGUCCUAGUUCUGAGAGUGAAAUGAUCCAAAAUGUCAAAGGCACUGUAGAAAGUACUCUGAGGCACAGCAUUAUGGUGCCAGAGCACCAGGAACACAAAAUUCACAACCUAAAUGUCAUCAUUAGUUGUUUUAUCUCAUCAGGCAAUGCUCCCCUCAAGUGCCCUCCUGUGCAUUCCCAAGCAGUCCAUGGAGACCUUUACAUUCACCACUAUGAGAAUCAGGUCCAGAUUGUAGAAAUAUCUGUAGGCUACCUCAGUAGUGAACAAACUACUGAGGGAAUACUAGUAGAAAAUACUACAAGUAUAUACCCUUUUUGUGCUUAUAUAUGGUUAAGAGACAGUGACCAAUGGCUACCAGAUAUUAAGGACAGAUGUCACCACCCAACAUUACCAGAGUACCAUCUGUAUGUGGCUAAGGGCAUGGAGCCUACUUGGGUUACCAGGAAGACAAGAUCAACAUACAAAGAAAGGCUAAAGAAUCACAUUCAGCAGCAAGAGGAUGGUAAAUAUAUGCAUGAGUUGCUGUUCAAGCACCUUUUCUAA